GAACGCACAUCACUGGGAGAAGGGACUUAACAGACAGAGGAUCGAAUCAUGCUCAUCAUAGUUCUCAGUUUGCUGAUACUUGACACAUUUGCACCAUGUUCUGGAGCGAAUGUAAAGAUCGGUGUCCCUGAAAACUACAAUGGUAUUUUCCCAUGGUAUUUAGCCAAGGUGUCCUUCAGAACAUCGAUGCCACGUCAGAGCUUCACUGUUGAAGUGUGUGUCAUUGACAAGAACGACAAUGUACCUACUUUUAUAGAGGAGAGCAUGAGAGGCAGUGUGCAGCUCGGGCUUCUCAAAGGCAUCCCAUUUAUGCAGGUGGAGGCGCUGGAUCGUGAUGACCGUAACACUCCCCAUGCUGAGCUGAGAUUCAGCCUGAUGGAGCAGACGCCCAGGAUUCCCUCCAGUCAAAUGUUCUCCAUCAACUCCAUCACCGGAGAGGUUUCCCUCACUGAGGAAGGAGCCUCUGCUCUGGACCCUGAGAUGUGUGGGCGUUAUAAGCUCUCUGUGAUGGUUAAAGACAUGGCUGGGAGAGCAAACGCUUUCUUCACCACUGGCAUUGUUACCGUUGAGGUGACUGGAAACACCUGGGCCUCUCCAGAUCCUGUCCGACUACAGGAGAACCUGCCUGGUCCAUAUCCCAUCCCCAUCUCACAGGUCAAGUGGAGUGGCAGUCAGGCAGAGUACAGCCUCGAGGGGGAGUUUCCAGAGAUGCUCUUCACCAUCAGCAGAGAAGGAGUCAUUUAUCUCAACGCCCCCUUAGACAGAGAAACACAAGACCAGUUCCAGAUCAGCAUCGUGGUGGAGCGUCCUGAUGGCAGAGAGAUUGCCAAGCCUGUAGAGCUGAGGGUGAUGGUGGGCGAUGCCAAUGAUAACAGGCCUACCUUUCCUCAAGCUCAGUAUCAUACUGUGGUCAAAGAACUCGCUGCCCGAGGGACUGAAAUCCUGACUGUGCAGGCAGCUGAUAAUGAUGAUCAAACAGACAAUGUGCGGAUCUUCUACCGUUUAGUGGGACAAAUUCCAGAGAGUCCUCGUGCCCUCUUUAGAGUAGACCGUGACUCAGGGGUCAUCUCCGUCCAAGCAGACAGUAUGGAGGACACAGCACCCCAGUACACCCUCACCAUCACAGCGGAGGAUGCUAAAGGUUUAAACAGUUCGUGCACUGUGGUUGUGACGGUGCAGGAUGAGAACAACAACCCACCGGUCUUCUCCCAACAUGAGUAUGGACCAUUUCACAUCCCAGAGGAUGCUCCAGUGGGUACCACGGUGACAGCUGUGCUGGCAGGAGAUGCAGAUGUUCGAGGAGGAGACAGUUGGCAGGUGAACUAUCGCUUAGAAUCUGGAAACGAGGAGGAGGUCUUCACAUUGGUGACAGACAAGCAGACCAAUGAGGUGUCCCUUGUGCUCUCGAAGGUGUUGGACUUUGAGCGUGAGAGUGAGUACAUCCUUGUGCUUAGCGCUCAGAACCCAGUGGCUCUGGUUCGUGGUCGCUAUGGACCCGCAUCCACAGCAACUGUCUCCAUCUAUGUUGACGAUAUAAACGAGGGCCCGAUCCUGUCUCAAAGCCAUUAUGAGGUGACUGUCAGAGAAGGUGAAGAACCGGGGCGAGUUAUUGCAACUAUUCGAGGUUACGACCCUGAUUCACACCCAAUCAGAUAUUCCCUUCAAGGAGACACCAAGAAGUACUUUUCAAUAGGGAAGUAUUCUGGUGAACUGAAAACUGUGCAGGCCUUGGACAGAGAGGAGAACAGCACCUACACCAUGGAGGUCCUUGCAGUGGAUGGACGAAACUCCUCCUUAUCUGCAUCCACCCUGGUGACGGUUCAAAUCUUGGAUGUAAAUGACAACAGUCCAGUGCUGGUUGGAGACUACUCCUGGAAAUACCUCUGUACGCCUCGCUGGGAGGACCAAGCAUUAGUGCUCGCCUCACGAGACAGUGACGGACCACAGCAUGGAGGGCGGCUCAAUUUCUCACUUCGCAGCGAUGCCACAGUCCGACGCAACUGGAAACUAACACCUAUUAACGAUACUCACACCAACCUGUCCUUAAACAUCCCAUACUUGGCCCCAGAGGUCUACACUGUGCCCUUCACCAUCUCCGACAGCAGCUCUCCUCCCAGGAGCACCUUCAUAAACCUGCCAGUUACAGUGUGUCCCUGCAAUGUCAGAGGAAACUGCAAAAUGGCUGCCAAGCAGUUGCAGGGCAUGCCAACGAUCCAGUCUGCAGUUGGCAUUCUACUUGGCACCUUUGCAGUCAUAGGAACCAUCCUUGUCGUUGUAUUUGUGAGAUUGUCCUACCAGAACCCCAAGCAGCCGAGUAAAACGAACCAGGAGCGAGUCCCCCUGAAGAUUUCCAUCUAAUUAGGAUGACGUCCUCUGUCCUACUUUCUGCCCAGGCUUACUGAACAGCAAGAACAUGAGCUUAAAAUCAGUUGCUUUUCAGAGCAUUGUUUUCAGGAGACAAAAACACAAAUGCAGCUAUUUCAUUUAUUGGACCCAAGUCCUAAUGUACACUCACAAAUCAGCUGAAAGGUUUGUAGUGCAUUUGUAGUGCAUGUGAAUUGCUUAGGCCUGUGCCUGGAGCAUGAUAUUGACUGUUAUGUAUUAAAAGGUUUUUUUGGGGGGGUUUUUUGUUUUGUUUUUUUUGCUUCAGUAUGAUGACUGUUCUUCAUUCUGCACUUUCUUGUUAUUCAUUAAUGGUAAAUGCACCUGGGGGUUGAACUGGAAGGCUUGUUCUGUUCUUAAUAAUAAUAACUUGGUGGAAAGUAAUUGCUGUAAAAACAAAAAUCAGAACAAACAUGCUUGUAAAUGCAAAAAUUUGAUUUUAAUGAUCUUUUUCAGCUUUGACAUGAAUUAAAACAUGCUGCCAACACCAUAUAAUUGUUCCAUUUC